GUUUGGUAUUGAUCCUAAGUAUUUUGGGUUAGUGGAUAAGAUAACUGCCUCUCUGCACAUGGAUAAAGGUCACACCUCCUGCAGAGCGCUACUUGUCGACCACAAGGUUUUAAUUGCAAAUCCCAAGUAUUUCUUUGAUCUUCAUGGCAUUCCAUACACUACUGCCCUGCAAGAACCUGGGGAUUUCAUGAUUACCUUUCCCUUUGCCUUACAUGCUGGCUUCAAUAUGGGUCACAAUCUUGCAAUGGCCGCUAACUUUGGUGACCCUGACUGGGUACAACUUGGUAUAUAUGCUCCAACAUGCAUGUGCAAUGUGGACCAGAUCCAGCUGGACUUCACAGAAAUAGUCAGGAGUUGUCGACCAGACCUAAUGGAUACUUAUAACAACCAGACAUUGCUCAUGUUCCCAAGAACCCACCCAAUGGAAGUCAGAUACCCUGAGAGAAGUGACGAAGAAAGUGGCAAGGUGGUUGAAAGCAGCAAAGUAAACUCUGAAACUACUAGUACCAGACAGCCACUCAAAAAUAGAACCAUUAUAUGUCCGAAGUGCAAGCAAACAUUUCAAGAAAACAAGAUUGCUCGCUGCAAAAAGCACAUUGCUGCCAAACAUCCUGAAGACUCUGUAAAUCUGUGUCGCCUUGUUGAUGCCUCUUACCCUGCAUACAAACCUAAAACUACUCAAGAUAAUACUUGCCCUGUUUGUAAACGGUUCCUGAGAGGUUCCACUUUUCACCUUAAUUUUCAUAUGAAAAGGUUUCAUUCUGACUAGUAAGACUUACUAUAGCGUAAUGAAACCUUUAUAAGAAAUAAUUUGCCUUUUUCCUUUUAGGCACUGUUAAGUUUAUGUACUGAUAGUCUACACUGCCAAAAUUAAGAUGUUUUAAGCAAUAAGUUUCAUUCUCAUAUGCAAUAAAUAUACUUGCUUUCAACAACUUGAAAAUACUGUUCUUUUUAUUGCUUCUGCAUCUUCCGCUUUUGAAGUAGCUGCACUACAAAUUUGUUACCCCUACCCAGCUUCCCAUUUCCUAGCAAGCACUUCUACACAAAAUUGUUACAUUUUUUCUUCCUCUUUCUUGAACUGUUUGGAUUUUGCUGGUGCCAGGUAGGAUCACUCUGACAUUAUACAUUUUGGAUGUUUCCCAGAGAAAAACCCUUUCAAAAUCUGGCCCGUUUUAAGCUUGUUUGUCGUCAAAUGAUGCACUAUACAGCAUAAAAAUUUUCCGAAGAGAUGCAAAUUCAUUUCAAAUAUAUAUUAAAUUUUACCUCAUGAUAAGGUUAAUGUAUAGGACUACUAGCACAAAGAAGUAAUUCUAAUUUUUUGCAACCUAGCAAAAUACCAGGCUACCAAUCUGACAAUCCAGACAGAGUUUACGGGAAGGAGAAAGUGUUCGACUUGUGGUGGCGUUCCUUCAAUUAAAUGAGGACAGCCUGUGAAAAUCUUACUGUACCUUAGUCAUUGUGAACCCCAGACAAAUGUGAAGUGUGCAAGUCUACACAAAGGCAAAUUUAAAUGUCAGCACUAGGGCUCAGCAUACAGUUACAUCCUCUUAUAGCCGAUGAAUUUCAUUUCUUGCAUUUAAACUGGGCUGGAAUCCCACACUUACAGCUCACCAAGUGCAUGAUGACGGGUGACAGUUGGAAAGUAAACCAGAACAUACCAAGUCUGACAGCUAUUUAUUUGCAUGAGGAAAUCACACAGUUGUGACUUGGUAUUAAACAAUUCAACGAACAAGAACAAAAUACUUAAGAAUAAAAUAGGUCACAGUUAAACAGAUCUAUAAAAAAUCAG